CGCCAGAGAACCGGAAGUUGUGCCUUCACCGGCCCGGGUUCUUCCUUCUUCAGGUCUCGGGAGCUGCGUUUCCAAUUCGGAAGAACUCGGGUGCCCGGUUGCUCAGCCACGCUUCUCCCUGAGCCUCCCGGGAUGUCUGCGAUUCCUGCCGAGGAGAGCGACCAGCUGCUGAUCCGACCCCUCGGAGCUGGGCAGGAAGUAGGAAGAUCAUGUAUUAUUCUGGAGUUCAAAGGAAGAAAAAUAAUGCUGGACUGUGGGAUCCACCCUGGCCUGGAAGGAAUGGAUGCUCUUCCCUACAUCGACUUAAUAGACCCCGCUGAGAUCGACCUCCUGCUAAUUAGUCAUUUCCAUUUGGAUCACUGUGGAGCUUUGCCCUGGUUUCUACAGAAGACAAGUUUCAAAGGAAGAACAUUUAUGACGCAUGCAACGAAAGCUAUUUACAGAUGGCUUCUCUCAGAUUAUGUGAAAGUUAGUAACAUAUCAGCAGAUGACAUGCUGUAUACAGAGACAGACUUGGAAGAAAGCAUGGACAAAAUUGAAACUAUCAACUUUCAUGAAGUGAAGGAAGUGGCAGGAAUCAAGUUUUGGUGUUACCAUGCAGGCCACGUCCUGGGAGCCGCCAUGUUCAUGAUCGAGAUCGCGGGUGUGAAGCUCUUGUACACAGGUGAUUUCUCAAGACAAGAAGAUAGACACUUAAUGGCAGCUGAAAUUCCUAAUAUUAAGCCGGAUAUUCUUAUCAUUGAAUCGACAUACGGGACCCAUAUCCACGAGAAGCGUGAAGAGCGAGAAGCAAGAUUCUGUAACACUGUCCACGACAUUGUGAACAGAGGAGGCCGAGGUCUCAUUCCUGUCUUCGCUCUUGGGAGGGCUCAGGAGCUCCUCCUGAUUCUAGAUGAGUACUGGCAGAAUCACCCAGAACUGCAUGACAUUCCCAUAUACUACGCGUCUUCCCUGGCCAAGAAGUGCAUGGCCGUGUACCAGACGUACGUGAACGCCAUGAACGACAAAAUCCGCAAACAGAUCAACAUCAACAACCCCUUUGUCUUCAAACACAUCAGUAACCUCAAGAGCAUGGACCACUUUGACGACAUCGGCCCCAGCGUGGUCAUGGCCUCACCGGGCAUGAUGCAGAGUGGCCUGUCCAGAGAGCUCUUUGAAAGCUGGUGCACCGACAAGAGAAACGGCGUCAUCAUAGCAGGCUACUGCGUGGAAGGCACGCUUGCCAAGCAUAUCAUGUCUGAACCUGAAGAAAUUACUACCAUGUCUGGACAGAAGCUACCAUUGAAAAUGUCUGUUGAUUACAUUUCUUUCUCUGCUCACACAGAUUACCAACAAACCAGUGAAUUUAUUCGUGCUUUGAAACCGCCUCAUGUGAUUUUGGUCCACGGAGAGCAGAACGAGAUGGCCAGGUUGAAAGCAGCCCUGAUUCGAGAGUAUGAGGACAACGAUGAAGUUCACAUAGAGGUCCAUAAUCCUCGGAACACAGAAGCAGUGACCUUAAACUUCAGAGGAGAAAAACUAGCGAAGGUCAUGGGCUUUUUAGCAGACAAAAAGCCAGAACAAGGCCAGCGGGUCUCCGGAAUACUUGUUAAACGAAACUUUAACUACCACAUACUGUCUCCUUGUGACCUGUCCAAUUAUACCGACUUGGCCAUGAGCACUGUGAAACAGACCCAAGCUAUUCCAUACACUGGCCCCUUUAAUUUGCUCUAUUACCAGCUACAGAAAUUGACAGGUGAUGUAGAAGAAAUAGAAAUUCAAGAGAAACCUGCUCUGAAAGUGUUCAAAAAUAUUACUGUAAUACAGGAACCAGGCAUGGUGGUAUUAGAAUGGUUGGCGAACCCUUCUAACGACAUGUUUGCAGACGCGGUGACAACGGUGAUACUGGAAGUUCAGUCCAAUCCCAAAAUAAGGAAAGGUGCAGUACAGAAGGUUUCUAAGAAAUUGGAAAUGCACGUUUAUAGCAAGAGGUUGGAGAUCAUGCUGCAGGACAUAUUUGGAGAAGACUGUGUCAGUGUGAAAGAUGGCGCUCUGCUCAGUGUCACGGUGGACGGGAAGACGGCCAACAUCAACCUGGAGACGCGGACGGUGGAGUGUGAAGAGGGGAGCGAGGACGAUGAGUCGCUGCGGGAGAUGGUGGAGCUGGCGGCGCAGAGGCUGUACGAGGCGCUCACGCCCGUGCACUGAGCUGCGUGUUGAACCCUCGACUCUGCCGUGCGACUUAAUAAAACGCGUGGUCUCUUCUC